AUGCAACGUUUACUCCGAUUAAAGACGGUUUCUAGACUGACAUCUAGAUUGGCAGUAGUUUCCAAAUUUCCUCGAUAUCAUGGAGUCUCAGUAUUAAGUGAAAGACAGCGCCGUAUCAUUCCUUGCCGAUUCUUCUCUACAUCCACUUCUGUAUCUCAACAAAAUGUUGGAACUCAGAUGUCAUCUGAUAACAAAGGUGAUGAUCCAAUGGCACAAUCUGGAUUUCUCUUAAGAAUCACAUUGGAAAGGUUGGUUCAAGACCUAUCCAACGAGCCAGUUCCCACGGUGGCUCUCAACGACUUGCUCAAGUUUCAUAAUCACGCUUCUGUUGAUAAGGAAGCGAUACUUAUUGAAAAUGCCAACGAUAUUUUGAGAGAUAUGUUCAUUUUAGUUGGUAGAAGUAUUCAGAGGUUCUCGAAUUUACCAUACAUAGUGUUGAUGAAUCCCCAUAUGGCCAAGAUAUAUGAAUGUUACAUCGAUACAUUGCGAGUUUUAGUUCGAUUUGUUCAGGAUUGUAGUGGAGGUGACCUUGAUAUUCAGCCCUAUAGAGCUUACGAUGAUCUAUCUCGAUUUAAGAUCACUACUGCUGAGCAGAACGAGAAGUUGAUCCAAGUUCUUGGAAAUAUUCUGGAGAUGCACACUGACAACACUGUUGAUUUAAGAGAAGGCUUUGAUGAGAUUGAUUCCAGUCUGGUUGACGAUAAGAACUUUUUGAAUCCACACAUGAGAGAAAGGAUUUUGAUGAGAUUAUUGGUUAAUCAUCAUAUACUUCUCAAUUCUCAGUUGAAGCAGACAGACGAUCUCAAAUCAUUGAAAAGUAUCGGUGUCAUUGACAUGAAUGUAAACGUUCUCGAGAUUUUGAGUCAUUCCUAUACUUAUGUCAAUGAUAUGGCUGCUAUGAAGUAUGCAGAUAAAAUUGAAGUUAAUGUGAAGAGUAUUCUUCUUAAAUCGGAUGGAACUGCCAGAAUCCAGGAAGUUGGAGACAUUGGAAACUAUGGAGAUUUCGACCCGUUGGUAUUUCCCUAUGUGAUCAGUCACAUUGAGUAUGUAUUUGAUGAGAUUCUUAAAAACUCCACCAGAGCCUGUAUGGAUAACAAAAUCACUAGACCUAUCGAAGUGCUAGUUAUUCUUAAAGAGCCUACAUCCCCUGAAGAGUUCUAUAGGCUAGAUGUUCGAAUCACUGAUUAUGCAAAGGGAAUCAAACCGGAAAUCGUCGAAAACUUGUUUGAUUAUUCGUUUACGACUGUAAAUGAUAGCGAAGAUGGAACUAAGCUUUUGGAUAAUACAUCUGCCAAUAUGAUUGCAGGAAUGGGAUAUGGCUUACCCAUGAGUUUGACCUACACAAGACUCUUUGAUGGUAAUAUCUUCCUCAAGAGUGUCUAUGGACAAGGUACGACCGUGUAUCUUCAAUGGAGGGGAAUUCAAGGCAAGAUGGUAUAA